AUGGCCUCAACGGCAGGUGCUUCUUCAAUCUCGGUCACGGUCCGAGUUCGACCUUUCACAAUCAGAGAAGCCGCUCAAUUGACAAAAUGUGACGAUACGACGAUUUUUCUGGGCGACGGUUCGCUGGCGGCCGCACCAACCCCGAAGCUGUCACAAAAGGGCAUUCGACCGGUGAUCAAAGUGGUGGAUGAGAAAUGCUUAGUAUUCGACCCCCCUGAGGACAACCCAGUGCAGAAAUUCUCGCGCUCCCUAGUCCCUUCCGGAAAGCGAGUGAAGGACCAAACCUUUGGAUUCGAUAGAAUCUUCGACGAAAAUGCGUCUCAAGGCGAGGUAUACGAGUCGACGACAAGGCCACUGCUGGACAGUGUGUUGGACGGUUACAAUGCAACGGUCUUCGCCUACGGUGCCACUGGGUGUGGCAAGACGCACACAAUUACUGGUACCGUCCAAGAACCAGGCAUCAUCUUCCUCACGAUGCAAGAGCUCUUUGAGAGAGUAUCAGAAUUGUCAUCCGAAAAGGUCACCGACAUUUCCUUGUCAUAUCUCGAAAUCUAUAACGAGACAAUCCGCGACCUGCUGGUUCCGAGCACGGUAAGAGGAGGUCUGAUGCUGAGAGAAGAUGCGAAUCAGGCCGUCUCGGUGGCAGGGCUAUCUAGCCACCACCCGCAAAAUGUGCAAGAGGUCAUGGACAUGAUUAUGCGAGGGAACGAGAUGCGUACAAUGUCUCCCACCGAGGCUAAUGCUACCUCUUCACGCUCUCACGCGGUCCUUCAGAUCAACGUCGCCCAGAAAGACAAAAAUGCCGGCAUCGAAGAACCUCACACUAUGGCAACCUUGAGCAUCAUUGAUUUGGCUGGAAGUGAACGAGCUAGUGCGACCAAAAACAGGGGAGAACGACUAUUGGAGGGUGCCAAUAUCAACAAGUCUCUCCUUGCUCUCGGUAGCUGCAUCAACGCUCUGUGCGACCCUCGGAAGCGCAACCACGUCCCAUAUCGAAACUCCAAAUUGACACGACUUCUCAAAUUCUCUCUAGGUGGAAACUGCAAGACUGUUAUGAUUGUCUGCGUCAGUCCUUCUAGUGCGCAUUUCGAUGAGACUCAGAAUACCCUAAGAUAUGCAAAUCGGGCGAAGAACAUUCAGACUAAAGUCACCCGUAACGUGUACAAUGUCAACCGACAUGUCAAGGAUUUCCUGGUCAAGAUUGACGAGCAGAUGGCUCUCAUCAAUGAAUUGAAGGCGCAACAAAAGGAUUAUGAGGCUGUAGCAUUUGCGAAGUUCAAGAAGCAAAACGAGAAGAAGGAAAUCAUCGCACGAGAGGGCGUGCAAAGAAUUAGGAAUGCAUACGAGCAUUCUGCAGCCGAGAGACAAGAGCGAACGAACAACAUGAUCAAGUUGAAACAGUUAGGCCGUCGUAUUGCCAUGUUGUCGGCAUGGAUUGCAGCCUUCGAUACCGUUUGCGAUGCCCUAGACGAUGAAGCGCCUCUGAAAAGCAUGCACGCCAUUAAAAAGGCCGCUGAAGGUAUCAUGAUGGAGUUGGAGAGCGGUCGUCACCAUUGCCAGCAGAAAGUCCAAAAGAGCGUGUGGGACCGAGCCCUGAACACUGCUCUUGACCACUCUUUGAAGCAACUUCAUGAAGUUGAUACUGGAGACAUGACCGAUUCGGAGACUUUGCGUCGCGAAGUCGAAAUGCUCAAAUUGACGGCGGAACGUGAGACUCUCUCGGCUGUCAAUGAAUCUGAAAAGGCAGGCGAUGCGGCGACCAUUCAAAUUUUGCUGCAAGCCCAUUUCCAAACGAUAUCGGCCAUCGAAAACUUGAAUAGAAUGAAUGUUGACGAGGCCGUCGAAGCUGCAACACAGAUUCUGGCAAAGAUGCUCAAGUCGUCCUCUGCUGCUGUUUCUUACAUUGUGAAGCCCGACGGUAGCCUCGCUCCUGUGGAAGCAUUUGCACCCACCAAGGCCGGCACUCCCAAAAGACGGAAGCAGAUGGUGAGCAACUCUGUCCUUGAGCCUAGCCCUCUUCGACCUAGGAUUGGGUCUGCCCUUCCCAUGCAUGUCAUGCACUCGCCGGCCAGAGGAUCUCCCAAACGACGAGGGUUACUCGGCAGCGCAAAAAAGGGCGUGUCCUUCACUCCAAAGAAGAGGAAGUCUCCCGUCAAGGUCAAGCGAGCUGUUAGGUGGCGGGAUGAUACUGAGGACGGUACCUUGGCUGAGUUCGAGAAGACUCCUCAAAAGCUCGCAAUGUCUUCGCCUGAAGAAUCAACCACGGAGAUUAUCGUUCCGCAAGUAUCCAACCUCACUGCGUCUCUAGCACAGGCUCGAGAGCAAUCUCCAGAAUCGUCACCAAUCCCAUCGCCACCCGAAUCGCAACUGGCAGUGCAACCAAAGAACAGUCGGUUCCAAGCAGGAUUCUUGUCCAAGAAACAUGAAGCGUCACCUUUGGGAACCAUGCUGCCGCCGAAGAUGACGCCACUUUCGUCUUCAGACAGUGAAGCUUCACCUCUUAGAGAGAUCGAUCCAAGCAAAGCAACCAAUAGACGCUCCUUGACGCCAUCUAAUAAGCAAGUCCCAGACGUCAGUAGCGACAGUCCCAGCAACUCGUCCUCUGACACUGAGAACCACGGCCACCCGAACAACGAAGACGUGAUGAAGAUUCGUGACGCGGUCAGGCGCUCAAGUUCGGUCCGUCGCUCUGUCGUUGGCUCUCGUACUCAACGCAGACGAUCUCCAACGGCGGCAACUGGCAUUUCGGGAUCCCCGCCGAGCGAUAGCAUGUUUGCAGCUGGCCAUGUUAGAAGGAUGGUUCUGGGCAAGAGCGACAAAGAGAAUGAGUGGAAGGUUGGUGUGUUGAGCCCUCGCGUGUCUGGUAUUGUCAGGGACUCGAAGAGCCUGAGCAUGAAUUCAGCCAGACGAACGACCAUGAACGGUGACGUGCGGUCGACACCUAUCAACAACGAUCGAAAUGGUCUCAGGAUGGGCUCGACUUCAAGGGGAAGUCUGAUGCCAAAUGGAAAAGCUGUCUGGCGUUGA